AUGGCGUCUUUCGCUCUGCCGCAGGUAAAGUGGGAGGGGAUGAGGCGACAAUGGCGAAUCAACGACAAUGCCUCGGGUUGGGGUCCAACAAUCGACUCUUGCCCAGAGAAGCUCAAGUAUCUUCCGUAUGCUCCGUUCUCGAAGAACGACAGGCUUGGAAGAGCUUGCGAGUGGAUCUUCACCCGUGAUCGCGAAAGUAACUGGAAACACUGGACUAGGAACAAGGGAGGGGCGGAGACAGAAGCCUCUCCUUUCGUCAUCGAGCAGGUUGACGAUGAAGGCUUCCACCUGGUAGACACGAAGACGACAGCCAAACCCAAGUGGGGACCAGGCUCCAGGCGUCCUGGCAUGACCAACCAGCGUGGAGGGCUCCGUGGCCAGGGACCGCAAUGGUCUGACCGAGGAAGGGAUGGUCAGUCGCAGCAGCAGAAGCAUCCUGCACAGAAGGACCCUCGCAGUCGCUAUGGAGCAAGGGGAGCUCGCAUGCAGAAUCGUGGCUUCGACUCUUGGAGGGAUAAGCCCCAGAGAAUCAGGGUGUCCUCUGUUGAGGUCAAGCCGGAGUGGACUGCACUUGAUGGCGAGAAAGGCAACGAGGACUUCACCAUGUCUCUCCCUCAGAUGGAGAAGCUGAAGGCGGACGAAGACCCUCGUGCCGAAGAGCUCGCAUUCGUUGGCACGCUAUAUAACAUGAGCAAAGCCAUCGACAAGGCAUCAGUGCGAACGGCAAUCCAGCUCAAGAAGAUGCAAGAGCCGAAGCCAUUCCAUCUCGCUUCCAUCGACGACCCUGUCAUCAAGAAGCUUGCAAGCCAGGGCAAGGCUCAAAUUUUUACCACCGACAUCGCUCUUGCUGUUCUUAUGUCCGCCCCUCGCUCUGUGAUCUCUUGGGACAUGGUCGUUCAAAGAGCAGGAUCUUCAAUCUUCUUGGAUAUCCGCGAGGGAUCAUCGGUCUAUGACACUACAGUCAACGAGACCGCCCAGGAUGCCCCCGAUGAUGAUCUCAAGGAUCAGAACAUGAAUAGCAUGACUGCCUUGGCGACGGAGGCAGGCUACAUCAACUACUGCUACUCGCAGCAGAACCUUGACAAGUCGGAGAGCCCUGCGCAAAUGAGUAAGGGAGAUGCGACAUUGCGCGAGUCCUGGUCGCAGCGAGGACAAGACCCUCAAUUGCCUCCUGGCAAGGCCUUCAGAUAUCGCAAGUUUGAGCUCGAUGACGACAUGACCCUGGUGGUUCGAUGUGAGGUGGAUGCUGUCAUGCAAACGAAGGACGGAUCGAAUGCUCUUCUGACAGUCAAGGCCUUGAACGAGUUUGACCCCAAGACCAGCGGAAUCGACUGGAGGCAGAAGCUCGAGUCUCAACGCGCGGCUGUGCUUGCGAACGAGCUUAAGAACAACAGGAACAAGCUUGCUCGCUGGACCUGCCAGGCCUUGCUUGCCGGAGUGGACUACAUCAAGAUCGGAUACGUUUCGCGUGCUCACAGCAAGGACAACACCACCCACUUUGUCCUCCACAAUCAGCUGUACAGGCCUGAGGAGUUCGCAAAGCAGAUUGAUCUCAAGAUCGAGAACAUCUGGGGCAUCGCGACAACGGUGAUGAAGCGUCUGAUGCAGCUGCCGGUGGACGAGUCGCCCAUCUGCAAGUACCUUAUGCUCAAGGACCCCAACAGGCCCACAGUCAACCUCUACAAGGUCCCUGCCGACGCCUUCGACUACGAGGUGGAAGACGACGACAACGAUGCGGUGCAGGGAAGCGACGACGACUCGGACAUGGAGUGA